CUAUUUCUUUUUUUUUUUUUGAAGUUCUCUUCUCUUUCUUUUUUACCUAAAAUGAAUAUUGUUAUACCGCAGCAAAAAAAUAUAUAUAUAUAUAUAAAUAGCCGACCACUCAUCUUUCUCCGUGAUUUCGUAGGACCCAAGUAGUUCAUUAUUUCUGUUCGUUCUUACAUAAUUGAUUGUACGCCACAAACCAAAAUUACAUCCACUUUGAAUUCAUCAUACUAAAAUUAUUCACAUUGAGGUGAAACAACCAACUUUACCUAUGUCACAACAAUAUUCACAACAAUUAUUACCAGAAUGUUUAGAAAAUAUUCUUUCAAAUCUUUCCGAAACAAAGGAUUUAUAUUCCUGUUUAAUGGUAAAUAGGUUUUGGUGUACAGUGGUUAUCCCCUAUCUAUGGAAAUAUCCGUUUAAUAUAGCUGGUACAUCUAAAGAACGGUGUAAUAUGAUAACUAGAACCUAUCUAUCAUGUAUUUCAGAAGAUUCUAGAAAAAAGUUAAUAAAUGUUGGGAUUAAUAUGUCGGAAUUUCCUCGUAAACCUUUAUUCGAUUAUAUUUCUUAUUUACAAAGUUUAACUAUAGAUCAAAAUACAUUUGAUUUGGUUCCAUUAAUCUUUAGAUUAAAAAAUAUCAAAAUUUCAUCAAAAACUGAAUUACAACAAAAGAUUCAGACUAUGUCGGCUAAUGAUAAAUGGAUUUUCGAAUUACAAAAACAAUCAGUUGAACAAGAAUUAUCAAAAGUUUUGUUGAGAGGUUGUACCAAAUUACAUUCCUUAGAACUUUAUAAAUGUGAUUUUUUAUCAAAUUUUCUUAAGAUUUUAUCAUCAUCACAACAAAAUAAUCGUUCUUCUUCAUUAUAUAAUAAUAAUAAUUUAUUAUUAUUAUCAUCAUCUUCUUCUUCUUCCUCAUCAUCUUUUUCUUCUUCUACUUCCUCCUCCUCUUCUUCAUCAAAUUCUUCUAAUCCAUUAUUUUAUACAUUAAAAGAAUUUUCAUGUGGUUCGUUAAGUGAUGAUAAACCUACUUAUGAUCUUCUUACAAUUAUGACAAAGAAUUGUAAAUUUAUAAAUUCUAUUAAAAUUUAUGAUAUUAUUUCUUUAAAAUUGGGUAAAGUUAUGGCAUCCCUUGUUUCAUCUCAAAAUUAUUUAACAUGUAUAGAAUUAAAUUAUUCAAAUUUUUAUAAUUUUACAACUUAUGAACAAAUUUUUCAAUCACUUUUUGAUGAUCAAUAUAAUCAAAUUCAGUUACCUCCACAUUUACAAAAAUUAUAUCAAUCAAAAAAAUCAUCAACAUCAUCAAUUAAUAAGAAGAAAAAUAAUCUUCCACCUUCUUUAAAUCGACUUAAACUUACAAAAACAAAUUUAAAUAAUAUUCAAAAACAUACUUUAGAUUAUAUGAUCAAAAAAUGCAAUAGAUUACAUACACUUGAAUUAAAUAAUUGUGUAUCAAUUAAUUCUUUAACCCCUUUACAACAUUCUUUAACAAAAUUAAACAAUUUAAAAGUUAUUUGUUAUGAACAAGAUUUAAAUUUUAUUACAGAAUUUUUUCAAAUUUCAAAUAUUAAUUUAAAAAAUAUUUAUUUGGGUUGGAAAUCAAAUUCACUUCCUCAAAUUAAUUCACCUUCACAAUUAUUAUUUAGUAAUGCACUUAAUCCAAUUUCAACAAAUUCUUCAUAUAAUAUGGAAGAAAGUUUUAAGAGAAUUCAAAUUUUAACAAAUCAUUGUACUCAAGUUGAAAAUUUGUAUCUUGAAACUAUAUUUCCUAAUGAAUUACUUUUAAUUUUUAAAUCUCUUGUUCAUUUACAAAAGUUAAGUGUCACAUUUAAUGAACAAUCAAAUUGGGAUGAACAUAUGGAAGAAUUGGGUGAAAAUAUUCCUAAAGAAUUACAAUGGAUUGAAAUUAGAAAUAAGAAAAAAUUACCAUUUAAUGUUAAAGGAUUAAAAGGUUUUUUGGAAAAGGUAAAAGGUGUAAAUGAAGAUCUGGAACUGGGUUUUCAGAAUUCACAGCAUUCAUACUUAAAUGUUAUUAAGGAAUAUGAUUUCAAAAUUAAUAAUUAUGAUUUUAAUUGGUAAAUGAAUAUAUAUAUAUAUAUAUAUGUAUCUAAAAGCUUAUAUUUUUUAGAAAAGUUUUUUCGUUCAUUUCAUUCUUCACUCAUUCAUUCAUUUACUUAUUUAUUUAUUACAUAUGUAUAUAUAUAUGUGUGUGUAUGUGUAUAGUAUGCGUAUAUAUAUAUGUAUAUAUGUCUCUUAUUUCGUAAAAAAGAGACAUAUAUAUGUAUAUAUGUCUCUUAUUUCGUAAAAAAGAGACAUAUAUAUAUAUA